AUGGUCCUUCUCAAUGACACCCAAUUCCACCCCUCAUCCUUCCUACUGCUGGGAAUCCCAGGAAAGGAAACACUUCACAUCUGGAUUGGCUUUCCUUGUUUUGCUCUGUACCUGAUUGCACUCUUAGGGAACUUCACCAUUCUGUUUGUGAUCCAGAGUGAAAGCAGCCUGCACCAGCCCAUGUUCUACUUUCUGGCCAUGUUGGCCACCAUUGACUUGGGCCUCUCCACAGCUACCAUCCCCAAGAUGCUUGGUAUCUUCUGGUUCAAUCUUAGAGAGAUAGUCUUUGGUGCCUGCCUCACCCAGAUGUUUUUCAUCCACAACUUCACCGGCAUGGAGUCAGCAGUUCUCUUGGCAAUGGCUUAUGAUCGCUAUGUGGCCAUCUGCAACCCACUCCGAUACAGCACCAUCCUCACUAACAAGGUUGUUUCUAUGAUCGGUCUUGGAGUAUUAGUGAGGUUGUUCAUUUCCAUUAUUCCAUUUGUAUUUCUGAUACUGAGACUACCCUUCUGUGGGAAUCAUGUCAUACCCCACACCUAUUGUGAACACAUGGGUCUUGCUCGCCUGUCUUGUGCCAGUAUCAAGGCCAAUAUUAUCUAUGGCUUGAGUGCUAUUUCUAUCCUGGUUUUUGACAUAGCCAUUGCUAUUUCCUAUGUCCAGAUACUGCGUGCUGUUUUCCGUCUACUGUCCCGUGAAGCCCGACUCAAGUCUCUCAGGACAUGUGGUUCACAUAUUUGUGUCAUUCUUGCUUUCUAUAUGCCAGCCUUUUUUUCCUUUAUGGCACAUUGUUUUGGCAGGAAUGUCCCCCAGUAUAUCCAUAUACUUCUGGCCAAUCUUUAUGUCAUAGUGCCUCCGAUGCUCAACCCUGUUAUCUAUGGAGUCAGAACAAAGCAGAUCUAUGACCAUGUGAAGAAAAUACUAUUACAGAAAUAG